GCUUAGAAAUACCUCUAGAGUUUCUAGACGAGGCAUUUGCGAUCAUUUGCUACCUCCUCCACUAUGGCGUUUUAAUGUCUUAGAUCUUCCUUUACGCGUUGUUUUUUUUUUAUAUAUCAGUUAGACCUGACGAAGAGAAAAUCGUUUAAUCCGAUGAUCUUAUAACAUCGAGAGAAAUAAUUUCAAGGCGCGUCUAAAAUAACUCGUGCAAUCAAUGAAAUUGAUUAUCUUGGUUUAAUCAUCAAAGAAAAGAUGCCAUUUUGUAUGUAUAUGCUUCGAUUAACUCAGACAAAUCGUAAGAAUUUUCUUUGUGUAUGUCAUGAAUAUUUCAAACGAUUAGGUUCUUUAAACAUUUUACCCGAUCUCAUAUUGCUUAAUCUUUACUUUUCAUCAUACAAUUAUACAAUGUAAUUAAAGAAAAUAUUAUCUAGGAAAAUUGAUCGUCAACGUGACAUAAACUAAUAACCGCGUAUAUAUGAUACGUUAAAAGAUGAUAUUAUCCUAGGAUGCAAAUAAGGAUUCGUAAAAUAUUGAUAUAGUAAUUCGAAGCUGAAUUAACGAAGAUGAGUGUCGAGUAAAAUCAACGAAGGUGCUACUCGUAUUGGAAAAGGAACUGUCUGAUGUUGCUCUCGCUGUUGUUGCGAGAGAGUAGUUAUUCGUUAAUCAUUAACCACGUUAGAGGUUCUUAAGCAAAUAUUACGUUAUGAUCGAACAACAUGCAGCUUCCUUUGAGUAGCUAUAUGACAACUGAAAGAGGAUCGCCAUUCACCGGUUUAGAUUCACUCGUACGGCGUGGCCGCAACCUAAACUACCACCACUGUCUCAUUUGAUUGCAGAAGCGCAACCGGCACGACUUGCCCUCUCGCAAGUCCGAUCUCUACCAGGUUCUAAGAGACAAGGUAAGAAGAUAUGUAUAUAGUAGAAACCAAGGGAGGUGCCCCUUCUUGCGUGGGCCUCUGUUGCCUCUCUUCUCUUUCCAUCACGUCUAAGAAACAUCUUAUUAGACCCACGCUAUAUAAACGCAAUGCACCAGCAUACCGGCCAGUUAUAUGCUGACUCUAUUCGCAGCCGUGCCCGGACUCUAACAAUACACUUAUAUUGCACAAGUGUAAAUCGUAAUCGUAUCUGUGACCUAACGGAAUUCCUACCGUAAGAGCAUCGUAUCUUAUUAAGAGAGAGAGAGAGAGAGAGAAAGCUAAAUUAUUUAAGUCGAAUAAGACCUCCGAUAUUCAUCAUUCGAAUAGCAACAAGUGUUUCCUUACUUUUUGGAUUAAUUCAAUCAAGUGCGGUCAAAUCAUAUCAAUACGCAUGUGGGAUUGAUCUUACUUAUUUUAAUUUUUCCUUUUUUUUUUUCCCCCAUAUCGAUAUAAACCCCAUUAGCUAGAGGAGUCUGUGGACCCCUUUAGGUGGUAAUUGAAACGAACAAAUUUCAAGUGAAAGAAAAGUGGAAAUUCGUAAAUAUUAUAAUGUGAUUCGAAUCCAAUUGGUGAAAUAUUUCUAAGAUUUACAAAACGAAUGAAUAAUUAUCGAAGGAUCGUUUAAUACUUGUCCCAGUACCUACGUGUCAUCAUAUUUCAAGGUAAUCAUCAAUUCAAACCGACGUCGUGGCAACAAAAGAUGUAUUAUCUUCAGAUAACAUUACUUUGGUUAAUAAUAGCCAAUGUGAUAGGCGAUUUGCCACCGGGGACAAGACGUAAUACUUAUCUACCACCUGAAUCAACGAAAGGUUAUUCAUACGAGAAACCACCGAUACCAUUUCCAAAAACAUCCUUCCCCACUCGUCCAACCCCAACAUUUCCUGGCCCAACAAGACCCACUCCUCCCUUCAAUACAAUACCUACGAGACCUAAUCUUCCUUCGACACCAAGUAGACCAUAUCCUACUCCUGAAACUAAACCACCAGGAAGAUACCCUACGAGACCACCAAAUGGAUAUCCACCACCAGGACCAAGACCGACUCCAAUAUUUCCAGAACCGAACAAUGGAAACACAGUAGGUCCUGGACACGAUCAUCAUCACCACGAACCUGGUAUGCCCUUUGAUUUUAACUAUGCAGUAAAGGAGGAUGCCUUCGGAAACGACUAUUCUCACAAUGCCAUUAGCGACGGGGAUAUCGUACGGGGUGAAUAUCGCGUCCAACUUCCUGAUGGCAGAAUGCAGAUUGUACGAUACACGGCCGAUUGGAAACAUGGUUUUAGCGCACAGGUCUCUUACGAUGGAGCCUCGCGUAAUUUCAAUAGAGGCUACUAGCAUUUAGCAUUUUUUCACUGAGAUAUUUUAACGAUUAUUCCAUGUUACCGCAAUUUCUAAAUAUUUUCCAAAUAUUUUUACGAGUAUCUAAAGUUAGAAUUGCGUUGGAACGAAUAACACCCCAUUUUUAUUCUAAGUUCAAAACAAAUGUUUUAGUUAUGUUAACUUAUUGCAACCCUUAAUUGUGCGGUCACAUUUCAUUUAAUCGCCCCCCCAAAGAUAAUACUCGAUUAUUCAUAAUUUAUGGAUGUUAUUAGGGUACAAUAUGUUAUAUAUAUAUAUAUAUAUAUAUAUAUAUAUGUACGUAUAUGGUAUGCAUAUCACAUUAAUGUAUACAAAAUUAAAUAGGUCAUUUACAAAAUGGAAAAUAUACAGAGGGGUUACUUAGGUUAGAAAAUAUU